AUGACCGCCAGAGAUGGCUCCAACCCUAACCCCUCCCACCACCAUCUCCCUCUGCCUUCCGUUUCAGUGGAUGAUAGUCAACAAUUUUGUUGGCGUGCACGACUUGAGGUAGGCGAACCUUCAGGAGUCAGAGAGACCGAGAUCCGUUCUGCAUAUGCAUCUUUUCGGGUUUACCUAAAUUCUUCCCCAUUAGCUUAUCAAAAUUAUGCGACUGACUAUGAGUUGGCCUUUCGGCCCCAUAAUCUUAUUAUCCUCUCUCUGGGCUCUCUCCUUCAGCUCUUCUGCUUUCCCCAAAUUUCAGACACAUUUAGGGCUUGUGAAAGGGUUGUGGUUUUGCCUGAAUGUCUCUGCUGGUUGUUGCUCUUGGGGCUUAUCGAGGUUUUGGCUGGUAUUUCGCGAAAAAGGAAGUAUUUGGCUGUAUCAAUGUUUGCUUUUUUCAGACGCCAAGAGACUACUAAUGGCUAGGACUAGUGUUGCUUCCAGAGGCCAAAAGUUUCGAUUGCUAACAAACCAUUUCAAUGUUAAAGUAGCCAGAAAUGAGGGCUACUUUUUCCACUACAGUGUAUAUAACCUCUAUCUCUAUGAUGGUUGUUUAAGCAAGCAAUUUAGCACAAUAAUUCUGUUCUUGA